AAAUGUAUUACCGUUUUAUGACUAUGAUAUUUUAUCAUAGAAUUUAUCGAUUCUUUGAUCAUUGCUUUUGACUAUUGAUACUGAAUAUUUUUAAAUCGAUUAGAUUGUUAUAUCGUGGCUAAGAAAUUGUACUUGCAAAAUCGUAAUUCAAUAAAAAUACUGGGUAGCAGUUCGAUCGUCCGUCUUUUCGAGUUUCGUCUGUCAUGGCCACGAAUUGUAGGAAUAAUCACGGUGACCACCAGGGAGUUUUUGGAAAAAAAAUAUAAGAGGGUUCGAGACUUCCCAGUGGUCCCUGAGGUUAUAGUGAAAUAGUUUCCAAAGGUCAUAGCAGGGCUGCCACCACGACUCGGGGUUGAUUUCUCGAGUUAUGGAGGGCAGGAUGAAGCUGAGGAAAUUGUCGCGCAGUCGAAUGUCACGAGCGCCGAUUUCUAGUAGUAAAUCGAGGCAAUGCAAAAAGAAACAGAAUUCAAAAAGCAGGAAGUGCAUGUGCCUGCCUUCGAAUUACGCCCUGGUAGAAUUUCCUGUCGUCUGGUCCGAACUCAGGGCCAAUCAGCAAUUAUGCGACGGCGCCAUUAGAUGUUCCAGAGAUGAAAUAUUUCCCAUUCAUCGUGCAAUACUCUCUGCCGUGAGUCCCUACUUUAAGGCUAUCUUCACGAACACUCUUAAGGGUGGCAAAACGGAAUCGAACGAAGUCUCCGUCAAUUGCGUACCCGGCGAAAUUUUUGCUUUGAUACUGGACUAUGCCUACACGGGAACCUGCAACGUCACCGCUGAAAAUGUCGAGCAACUUUUGCCAUUGGCCGAUCAAUUCGAAGUCCUGGGAGUUGUUCAGCUUUGCUGUCAGUUCUUGCUCCAAGAACUCAGACCAGAAAAUUGCUUAGGAAUAUUCAAAUUUGCACGUCACUACUUCUGUCGAGAUCUCGAAGAAAAAGGUCGAAAAUAUAUCCGCCAUCACUUUAAACAGAUACUACAAGAGAGCGCCGAAUUCAAAGAUCUUGUGUGCAGCGAAUUGGAAGCUAUACUCCGCGACGACGAACUUAACGUACGUAACGAGGAGCUUGUCUUCGAAGCCAUAAAGUCCUGGGUGGAAUAUCGAGUCGGGGAGAGAAAGAUUCAUCUGUCAAAAUUACUCGAAUGUGUUCGCUUUGGAUUGAUGAGCUUUAAAUACUUCAAUAACACAGUGCUCGAGUGGAAAAUAGUUAAAGAGGACGAGGAAUGUCAACGAGUACUGUUCCCAGCCAACGUGUACCUGAGCGAACAAGAUUUGAAGCAGGGUGAAGCAGAUUUAAAAAAUCCUUUAUCAAGACCAAGAAUUCCCUACGAGAUACUUUUUGCCAUUGGCGGAUGGAGUGCAGGUUCGCCCACCAGUUUCGUCGAGACUUACGAUACGAGAGCUGACAGAUGGUUUCUGUCAGUAAACACAGACAUAACCCCAAGAGCAUAUCAUGGUAUAUGCGCUCUGAAUAACCUCAUUUACAUGAUCGGUGGUUUUGAUGGAAACGAACACUUUAAUACUGUCCGUUGCUUUGAUCCGGUUACCAAAGAGUGGCGUGAGAGGGCCUGUAUGUAUCAUGCAAGAUGCUACGUCAGCGUCUGCACACAUGGUGGUAAAAUUUACGCCCUGGGUGGAUAUAACGGCAGAACCAGAAUGAGUUCCGGGGAACGAUACGAGCCGUUACGUAAUCAAUGGGAAAUGAUAGCAUCGAUGCACAGACAGCGUUCCGACGCCAGCGCCGCGGCGCUGCAUGACAAGAUAUAUAUCGUGGGUGGAUUCAAUGGGCAGGAAGUAUUAAGCUCCGCUGAAGUCUUCGACGUGGAAACUAAUCAAUGGAGUUAUAUACACUCCAUGACUUCUCCACGAUCAGGAGUCUCUCUUGUUGCUUUUCGUGACAGUCUUUAUGCACUUGGUGGAUUUAAUGGGUUCACAAGGCUUAGUUCGGGUGAGCGCUACAAUCCUAAUCAUUCCUCUGAUUGGCAAGAGGUCACUGAAAUGUUCAGCCCGCGGAGUAACUUUGCUACUGUCAUUUUAGACGACAUGAUUUUUGUCAUAGGAGGUUUCAAUGGUGUCAUCACAGGAUCAACUACCAUAGCCUAUGUGGAAUGUUAUGACGCUGAUAGUAAUGAAUGGUACGAUGCCAGCCCAAUGAAUCUCAGCAGAAGUGCAAUGAGUGCUUGCGUCAUCGCGGGUCUUCUCAAUGCCCGUGAAUAUUCAUAUUUGAGCAAAGCCCGUGAUUUGGGUCAAGGUCAAGCCACUUCUAAAACGCAAGACAAACUGGAAGUUACCAUUGGAGAAGACGAUAAUUUAGUGGAAGACGCUGUUGCUGCACCUGGAUAUCUUCUGGAAGGACCUAUCGAUGGAGUAGCCGAAGGUGGUGAACCGCUGCUCCAAGAAAAUAUGCAGGAUGACCUUCUGGACGUACGUCAAGCGGAGUAGCUGACAAGCAUGAUAGAGGAAAGGAAAAAAUGAAAAUUUAGUAAAAAAAUGAAAAUUUAGUAAAAAAAGAAAAUUGCGUAAGCGAGCGAAAGAUUUUAGCGAGGAUUAAUUAUUUAAUUAAUUAAUUAGUCACAAAGGACAAUGGGGUUGAACAGAUUGAACAGAGACGUAAGACGCGACUGAUAAGAGAUCUCGAAAUUGUUAUUAUUUGUAGUACGACGUAUUGAUUGAUUGUUAAUCUUUUCUAUAGAAAAUUUUGGUCCAGUCCUGAGAUAUAUUCUUUUAAUUCAGUACCUUUUAUACGCGGAUAUUGUAUUUCGUUGCUUUACUCAUGUCAGUCUUCUCUUUGUAGACUUUUUGAAUUUUCAAAAAUUUACAAGCGUCACCAAUAACUUGUAAAUACAACCAAAAAGGGAAAUUCAAUCAGUCCCGAUUAUAACGGGAUGACGAUUUUAAUUUAUUUCUUAAUUUUCAAUUUUAAUCAUCACCUCGUCUCCAAGUAUCACUUAGUUUCACGUAAUUCACUUAAAAAAUCCCACAAUCUAUACACUACAGAUAAACGAAUGGUGCGCGCGAAGGAGACCGAGGAAAAUUAAUUUUUAAUAACAAACCCAUGCAACCAAGACCUGGCAUUUUUAAUCCAACUGAAGAUAAAUCACUUGACAAUAAUCUUCUUCUUUAUUUAUUAUCUAGAAAAAAUGAAAAUUUCGACAAAAUGAACUUGUACUCUUUUACCGAUAAUAAUAAGAGUAAUAAUAAUCAUGACUUUUAUUAUUCUAUCUCACAUAUAUCUAUAUAUGUGAUGAUCAAUCUCAUAUCACACACAUAUAUAUAUGUAUAUAUAUAUAUAUAUACACACAUAUAUUUUUAUAUAUUAUGUAUAUUGUAUACAUUGUUACUUCAUCAUUGGUGUUUUCUUUGUAAUGACGAACGUCCUCUCCCCUCAUCCUUUUAUUUCUUUCUUUAAUAUUCUCUCCCACGCAUCUGCCCCUCUCUCUCGUUUCUUUGUGUCUUGUAAUUUACUUAAUACAGUGUGUUUUACGAAUUCGCAGGUUAGGUACAAUCUCGUUGAUCGAAAUUAAUCGGGUACCUUUUAUGUAAUACAUUAUGUAUCUAUAUGCAUUACAAUAUGUGCCGCACGAGUGUAACUUCUUGAGUCAAUUGCCAUGUUGACAAUGUGUGUACGUGGUGUGUGUUUUUAUGUUUACAUGUAUAUCUAUAGAACUUCAUUGGAAUAAUCAUUAGCGUAAUCGUAAAUAUAAUUACGGGCUAGGAAUAUCGGCUCGAGAAGAACUCGUUAAUCGGCACGGUAAUCGCAUGCGAAUGCGCAGGAGGGAUGCGCGUGAGAAGAACACAUUCCGAGGCCGUCGGCGACGCUUCCUCUAGGUACCUGAUAAAGACGCCCUAGUGGCUUCUCGCGCGAAUCGCCUUGGCUCAAACGAGCGAAUUUACGACGCUCGCUCGCCACGCCUCGCUCCACUCGCUUUCGAUCGGUAAAUUUAUAGAAAAUUGUGCCUUAGAUUAUAGUUCGU